AUGUGGGAAGGACCUUCCUGGCUUGUGGCUGAACGCGAAGCUAAUAAGGCUCUUCAGGAAGCAAGUCCCCCUAACAAGUGGCCCCGAGUUACAACCCCACCUAGUCGUCGCCAAUCUCUUCUUAGUGAAAUUGACGAUUCAGGCUUAGGAUUGUCGUUUUGUAGUCCGCCAAUUCCUCAGAAGACUGCAGUUAGUUCAUCACCGCUCCGGACGCCAAGAACUCGAACAAUUGUUCACAUGAGCAGUACUCCUUCCCCGUUUCGGUCUUUCCGAUUGUCAUCUUUUUCCUCCCCAACACUCUCUGAUCGGGUAUUGAAACUUUCUAAUUCUAAUAAUGUGUUGGCAGGUGUUAAAUUUUGUGAAAAUUCGAUGGACAAAUCCCAUGGACAGCUCGAUAUCGCUGGCUUAGCGAGUAAUAGUGCUGCAAGGACGCUUGAACUUCCCACUACAAGUAAAGACCUGACUGCGACUGCACCUACACCGAUGCAGAUGGAACCUCCUGAAACACCUAGUAAAUGUCUUUCGCUCGAAGAGUCUGGACUCUUCGAAGACAGUUAUCCGCUUAUUUCUACUUCUACCCCCCUCAAAAAUCUUUCAUUUGAAUCGAACCGAGUUCCACUUCCAGGAUGUGAUAUAUCGUUGAUCUCGGAUCCUUCUUUCCCUUUCAGUGAUGGAGAUCCUCAAUCUCCAACAACUCCCUCUUCUUUCAAGAAAGUCAUGAUAGAUGUAGAAAGAAAAGGAAGCUUACGACCUUGCCAAAUUUUAGAGAGAGAUGAAGGUCCGCCGGCCAAAAAACCAAACAUGGAUACAAGUGAGGUUUUUCGAUCCCCGAAGAAACCUAUAAAGCCCUAUUCACGAAAGUGGCUGCGAAUCGUAACAGGAGACACAAAAGCUCAGAGAGACGUUACGUUGUCUGCCAAAUCUUUUCUAAGCGGAAUGGUUAACUCGUAG